AUGAAAACCUUAUAUUCCCUGAGGAGGUUCUACCACGUGGAAACGCUCUUUAAUGGAACUUUAGCUUUAACGGGCCGUGACCAAGAAACUACCGGUUUUGCUUGGUGGGCCGGGAAUGCCCGACUUAUCAAUUUAUCCGGUAAACUACUGGGGGCCCAUGUAGCCCAUGCCGGAUUAAUAGUAUUCUGGGCCGGAGCAAUGAACCUAUUUGAAGUCGCUCAUUUCGUACCCGAGAAGCCCAUGUAUGAACAAGGAUUAAUUUUACUUCCCCAUCUAGCUACUCUAGGUUGGGGGGUAGGUCCUGGAGGGGAAGUUAUAGACACCUUUCCAUACUUUGUCUCUGGAGUACUUCACUUAAUUUCUUCUGCAGUAUUGGGCUUUGGCGGUAUUUAUCAUGCACUUCUGGGACCUGAGACUCUUGAAGAAUCUUUUCCUUUCUUUGGUUAUGUAUGGAAAGAUAGAAAUAAAAUGACUACUAUUUUAGGUAUUCACUUAAUUUUGUUAGGGAUAGGGGCUUUUCUUCUAGUAUUUAAGGCUUCUUAUUUUGGAGGUAUAUAUGAUACCUGGGCUCCAGGAGGGGGGGAUGUAAGAAAAAUUACCAACUUAACCCUUAGUCCAAGUAUUAUAUUGGGUUAUUUACUAAAAUCUCCUUUUGGGGGAGAGGGGUGGAUUGUUAGUGUGGACGAUUUGGAAGACAUAAUUGGAGGGCAUGUAUGGUUGGGUUCCAUUUGUAUACUUGGUGGAAUCUGGCAUAUCUUAACUAAACCCUUUGCAUGGGCUCGUCGUGCACUAGUAUGGUCUGGAGAAGCUUACUUGUCUUAUAGUUUAGCAGCUUUAUCCCUUUUUGGUUUUAUAGCUUGUUGCUUUGUCUGGUUUAAUAAUACUGCUUAUCCUAGUGAGUUUUAUGGUCCUACUGGACCGGAAGCUUCUCAAGCUCAAGCAUUUACUUUUCUAGUUAGAGACCAACGUCUUGGAGCUAAUGUAGGAUCCGCUCAAGGACCGACCGGUUUAGGUAAAUAUUUAAUGCGUUCUCCGACCGGAGAGGUUAUUUUUGGGGGAGAAACUAUGCGUUUUUGGGAUCUGCGUGCUCCCUGGUUAGAACCUCUAAGAGGUCCUAAUGGUUUGGACUUGAGUAGACUGAAAAAAGACAUACAGCCUUGGCAAGAACGUCGUUCUGCGGAAUAUAUGACUCAUGCUCCUUUAGGUUCUUUAAAUUCCGUGGGUGGCGUAGCUACAGAGAUUAAUGCAGUCAAUUAUGUCUCUCCUAGAAGUUGGUUAGCUACUUCUCAUUUUGUUCUAGGAUUCUUCCUAUUCGUAGGUCAUUUAUGGCACGCGGGAAGAGCUCGUGCAGCUGCCGCAGGAUUUGAAAAAGGAAUUGAUCGAGAUUCGGAGCCUGUUCUUUUCAUGACUCCUCUUAAUUGA